AUGGCGCCUGCACAGUUGGCUGGCAAGACUGUGCCUCGCCUCGUCCAAGAUAUCCAGCUCUAUGAUCCAGCCCACGAACCAGACACAGGUCGCAACUUGCUCUCGCAGACGCCACUUCUGUAUCCACUGAAGUACGACGGUCCGCGAUCAUGGAUUUCGCCAAGAGCUUGCCACCAUGACUAUGUCCUGAAACCGGAUCAAACUUUCCUGGCACAGGCAGAGCACCGGAGAAGACCAGGCACAUCAUCGAAAGUGGCAGCAAUCUGCUCAAAGUGCCGGUGUCAUCUGCAAGUGGUGGUCAACUACAGCUCCAAUGUUCAGAUGCAAAGCCAAGCCCUGAAGGGGGAACAUAUUCACCACUUAGUCUAUAAGUCGGGACGACAGAAGAAUGGCGUCUCAAUGCCCGAGAUGACCCACCGGGGCCAGAUUGCAGAGACAUACCACUACCAGUGCUCAUACACUUCAUGUGCGGCUAUGGUUUCGUUGCGGAUUCUUUCGCCUGUGAUGAGUGACGACUUCGUUCAGUUAAUGAUCGAUAAAGACUUGUUGCAGCAACGAGCUGAACAUGCCUUUGCAACAUACCGGGAGACCAUGGAAGGCAUGCCAAAUCCAGAACCAAUCAAUCUGCUGGAGAAUCUGCGUCUCUAUAUCACGAACUCUCUUCGGAACCCCCAGCGCAGUAAGCCAAUUGCCUCGGGGAACAAGAGGUUCGUGCAUGUUUUCGGCGUGGAAGGUGAUCCGUGCAAAGACUUGCUGGAGUUCCUGGAGUUCUCCUAUAGGGAGGAUACUGGCGUGUGGCACCCGCCUAAACCGGUCGCUGGCGCCGAGAAGCCCUACCAAGACCCGCUUUGCGUGUUUCUUGACGAUGUAAUCCUUGAGCUCCUGAUCUUGACGCACCAGCGCCCUGCCUCGGAAAAGAGAGCUCAAAACUUCCCCGUUCUCCCCUCAUCUGCCAUCCCAGACAUACUUCAUGCUUUGGAAGCCAGCGAUUAUCCCAAAGCUGAAGACACAGAAGAGUUCCAACUAGCCCCUGAUUCCUGUUAUGAAGACCUUGGCGUGACAGAGGACAUGUCCUCUGACACGAUCGCCUACGCAUACAAACAGCAGGUUUGCGCGGACCCUUCGAUGGCUCCUCACUUUCUGGAUUGCCUCAAGCAGAUUGCCGGGCUGCGUCGUUCUCGAGGGAAAGAUGACCGGCGCCUGGCUAAGGCUGUUGAUGAGGCUUAUGCAGCAGGAAAUUUCGCCUCGGUGGAUGUUGACCGGGCAUACACGUUCUUUGGCCUCGAUCCCGAGGAUUACAACGUCGACGACAAUCUGAUUCUCCAAUGCUUCUACGCAUACAUAAACUCACCCACACAAGAAGAACUCGCGCGUCGCCAGCUGUGGCGAAUCGGCAAGGAUCGAGCAAGCGAUCGCCUCAUAGCUGCUUCUGAAGAACGCGUUACCACCGUUGAACAAGCGAACAUUUACUUGGGGGUUGAGCAUGAUACCCCGGAUGAUUUCGUCACGACCAUGUACACGACCAAGGUCGGUGAUCAUCCAGAAGCCAGAGACUUAGCACUUCGUGCCCUGGGGCUUAUCGCCGAAUCUCGCAACUCGGCCGCCCUUAAACAUUUCCACCAGACUGGAGAGACUCUAGAUGGUGAAAUGGACAUUGGCGAUGCCUAUCGUCUACUCCAGAUUCCCGAUCGGACUGCGGAUGAUGGGGCUAUCAUAGCUGCUUACACGAUCUGUACCGAUGAUAACCCGGGCGAUGUGGACAGAUACAACCAGGCAUUGAUCGUCAUCGCCGAUCACAUUAACAGCAAUUCGUUGAAAGUAAUGGCAGGAAUCAGCACCGAGCCUCAACACAACAUGCAAGAUUGGCCCGUUGGCUUACAAAACAUUGGAAACACCUGUUAUCUCAACAGCUUGCUUCAGUUCUACUUCUCAGUCCGACCCUUCCGCGAGAUGGUUCUGGACUUCGAGAGCUUCCAGAUGGAUCUUGGUGAUAUGGAGAGUCUAGCCAAAAAGCAAGUGGGAUCCCGCAAAGUGACCAAAAAAGAGGUCGAGCGUUCCAUCCGAUUCUUGGGGGAACUUCGAACUUUGUACCAUGGCAUGAUCGGGUCACGCCAGAGUUCGGUUACUCCUGGGCAAGAGCUUGCGCGGUUGACAUUGAUCAGCCCCGGGAACGAGGCGGCAAUUCGUCGUCGCUCAACUAUCACUGCCCCAGGAGCCCAGACCCUAGGUGAAAUCAACGGCGCUCCAGUUCUGGGUCCCCUUGGCCCUCCGCCAAUCCCUGACGGGCCUCUGGAUCAAAAGGAUUCCAAUACCGUCAACCCUGCGCCCGUCCAUGCUUCGGACACCGUUGUUUCUGCCGAUGCCACUACAACGCCUUCCGAUGACACUAACAACAGUGCCCCUGGGCUCUUUAGCAGCACCAAAGAGAUUGAAACUCCAGGAUCGGAUGACAUGGCGUCAGAUCAAGCAGAGAUAGGAUCAAUCCAGUCCGAAAAGGUCGGAGACAUUGGGCCAGGCGAAGUGAUUACGACUAACCCCGACAAUGCCAACCUGCCACCUCCUGUUCCACCUCGUCCUAUCCCCGAAGUUGACCACGAGAAACAGCUUAGAGAAGAGCUGGAAUACGGUGCCCAGCAGGAUGUCACGGAAGUCAUCAACAACGUUCUGUUCCAGAGCCAGUGCGCCAUCAAGGCUCGUGAUAUCGAUGAAGAUGGCGAACAGAUCGAUCAGAUCAAAGAUCUGUUCUACGGAACAACUCGCUCCUACAUCUCCACCGAGAAGGGUACGCGAUCUAAGAAUGAGCGUUGGUGUGACAUCAAAGUCGAUGUUGCCCAUGGAUCUCGCAACAUCUACGAAGCGAUUGAUGGUGCCUUCGAUGUCCAGACGAUCAGCGUUGACGACACAGUGGCCGAGCAAUUCGGAUCGAUCAGCCGUCUUCCCCCUGUGCUACAGAUUCAAGUUCAGCGUGUUCAGUUUGAUCCCGUGAGAAAGUCCUCCUUCAAAUCGACAAACCACCUCGAGUUGUUUGAGACUAUUUACAUGGAUCGCUACAUGGAUACCAGGAAUCCCGAGGUAGUGAGCCGACGCGAACAGUGUUGGGAAUGGAAGGCAUCCGUUAAAAGGCUCGAGGAGCGACGUGAGCAGCUCCUUCGAAACAAGCAAAAUGACGGAAUGCCCCUGACGGCACUUCUGGGCCAAUCCCAAAUUGCGCUGUCGGGCUUGGAUUCUGGGCAGCAGCCUGAGAGGGUCGAGUCUAACUCAAACCCUAUUGAAAUUGAUUAUUCGCAUCUGGUAAAGGAUGUUGAAUGCCAAUCCAAGGGGUCUUCGUCUGACCUAGAAGACAUUGACCAAGAGAUCAAGGACGCAAAGGCCAUGAUUUACAGCCAGUUUGCUGAUUACCACAACCUUCCCUAUCGCCUGUAUGCCGUCUUCGUGCAUCAUGGGUCCGUCUCCUUUGGGCACUAUUACAUCUACAUUUACGAUUUUGAGAAAGAUAUCUGGCGGAAGUACAAUGACGAGUAUGUCACCGAGGUUCAGAAUCUCGAUGAAAUUUUCAAGGAUGAUUCCACCAACAAUCCCCCUACCCCUUACUUCCUGGUCUAUGUCAACAGUGACAUGAAAGAGCGUCUGGUGAGCCCUGUGUAUCGCGUGCUCGAUACUGUGCCCGAUGGGCCAGCAUCCACUUCGGGAGACGACAAUACUACAAGCCUCGGUGGAGAUGUGAGCGGGCCAUCUCCCCAGAGCACCUCAGGUAUGGGUCCCCCCAGCUUCUCCGCUUACACCAGCAAUGUCUCCAUUGACAGUUCCACCCCUGCCAUCGACGGUAUCAACCCUCUGAAGCGGAAGAGUGUUGACGCUGAUGGCAAACCGACCGACUUGUAA